AUGCCAUCUCAACUGGAAGAAUUAGUUUCGUUUUUGCACUCUCCCCAACCUGCUGUUAAGCAAAUUGCCUUAGAUAAUUUAGUCGGUUUUAGUUCUGGUCCAAACGCUGUUAUCUUUAAAUAUGACAACUAUAGAGCUAUUACAGAUCUAAAAGAAUUAGCACAGGAAAAAUCCAAACUUCUGGUUCAACAGUCUGUUACAAUUCUGGUGAAUCUUUGUGAUGACCCUGUGAUGCGUAGACUCAUUGGUAAAGAUCCUGAAUUUAUUGCAUACUUAGCUCGUAAGAUCAUUGAUUUGGAGAACACAUGUGCUGAUAUCAUGUGUAUUUUGCUGUGCAAUUUAGCUAAAGAAGAUACUAUUACAAGUUUAUUUGAUGUAAAGAUUGAUUUAAACAACCUCAAGAAAAAGGCCAAAGAAGUCUUCAAGAGUCCAAAUGCUAUGGAUUGUCUUAUGGACUGUUUUGUAAAGGGUUACGAUAGAAAAUUGAAUGAGUACGCCAAUUAUGAUUAUUUGUCAUAUUUUUUUGCCGACUUGUCUAGAUUCAAAGGAGGUAGAGACUAUUUUAUUCACGAACAAGCUUAUGAUGGUGUCGUUCCGAUCUCUAAAUUACUUGUUUUUACUGAAAAAUAUGAUGCUAAGAUUAGAAGAGAAGGUGUAGCAUCAACUAUUAAAAAUUCUCUAUUUGAUUCUGAAACUCAUGAACGUAUUCUGAAUAAUGAAAGUAUUAACUUAUUACCUUACAUUCUUUUACCAAUAACUAACGCUAAAGAUUCCGAGAUUGAUGAAGAAGAUAUGUUCAAUCUUCCAGAUGAAUUGCAAUUACUACCAGAAGAUAAACAACGUGAUCCCGUGAACUCUAUCAUCUGUAACCAUUUAGAAAGUAUUUUAUUGUUAUGUACAACAAACUCUGGUAGAGAAUAUUUGAGAAGCAAAUCUGUUUAUCCACUAGUUAGAGAAUUGCAUAAAAAUGUGGAAGAUGAGGAUGUUGGUGAACUGUGUUACAGAAUUGUCAAUAUGUUGAUGAGGGGUGAACCAGAAUCUGCAGCAAUUGAAGAAAUGCCAGCUAAAAGUGCCGAUGGGAAACUAUAUGAUGAAAAUGAAAAUACAGCUAGCAAAGAAGAGGAAGAUGAAGAGGAAUCUGAUGAUGAUGAUGACGAAGAAAUGGUAGAAGUAGCAUAG